AUGUCUCAAGUUUAUCGCGAGCGCGAUGUGCGCUAUACAAGAGAUCAAAGUCCUUCGUCCGAUGACGAGAAAUAUAAAACUACAACUAUAAGACGAUACAAAGUUAGCGGCGGACAAGGCGGCAAUAGGGUCGUCGAACGGGAUCGCGUCGAGCGCCUCGAAGAGGACGAUGAUCGCCGGUCAAGAUAUUCGCAUUCCCAUGCCGGCCGUUCAUCCGCCGAUCUGUUAGAGAUUGAUCGCCGCGUGGAUAGACACUACCCCGAGCGACCGAAAUCAGAACACGACCGAUACAGAACUGUCGAGUACGAGCGAGACCGCGAUAUCGACAGGGAUUAUUAUCCCGAACGCCGAACUACAGUCAUCGAAGAAAUAAGACAAACCUCUACAUCGCCUCGCGAUCACUAUUGGGACCGUCGCUCGGCAGACCCAUGGGGCGAUAUUCGAGAAACGGAUGUUCGCCUUGAUAAACGGGUUGUCCGAAAGGAUCCUGAUGGCGAUGUUCAGGUCAAGGAGAAGACCGUGGAAGAGCGUAGGGAUGAUCCCCGCGAUUACAAGGAGCGAGAUAUCGAGUUCGAACGCCGAAUAAUUAGGGAAAGAGAACCUCAUGAAGAUAUUGAGCGAUACCGACGGGAAACCGAAUAUUAUGCAGCUCCGUCUCCCCCACCAGCACCUGUCGUAAUUCGUCAAAAAGCUCCCGAACAAAAGGUUGUCAUUCAUGAGGCUCCCGCUCCCCCCCCUGUAAUUAUGCCACGCCAGGAACCCACAUACAUUGUCCUUAGAGAUCAACGCCACGAAGUUGAACGCCGUCCUGAACGCCGGGAAGAAGAUGAUUAUCAAUACAGACGUCGCCGUGAUGAUCGAAAAUAUGAGAGCGAUGGCUACGAAGAAGACUAUUAUGUCAAGCGAACUGUCAUCAAGCGUGAACGUAGCUCAAGCUCUGACCACCACAAAAGACGUCAUCUUGCUGAAGGCGCUCUCGCUGGUGCUGGUAUCACCGCUCUGCUCGGAGGUCGCGGCAACGGCGAUCACCAAGAACAUAGAGGACGAAAAGUCCUUGCCGGUGCCGCUUUAGGCGCAUUAGGUACCGAAGCCGUGCGCCGUGCUAAGAGUGCAUAUGAGGAUAGAUAUGAAGACCGAUAUGAAGAUGACUACGACGACGAUUACCACCGACACCGACACCGCAGCAAGUCACGGAGCAGAUUGGCGACUGGGUUAGCUAUUGGUGCUGCUGCUCUAGCCGUCGCUGGCGGCCUCAAGUACAUGCAAAACAAUAAGGUUGAAAAAGAAGAGGCCAACCGUGGACGUGCGCGACGCCGCCAUUCUGUUGACGAUUAUUCAAGAUCCCGAAGUCGAUCUGAGCGUAGCCGCCCCCAUAGCAAAUCCAAUGCGGCUAAGGCAGCCUUAGCAACUAGUGCUGUCGCUGGUAUACUGGAACAUUAUAGGUCUAAAUCCCGAGGAAAGUCUCGGUCCAAGUCCCGCUUGAGAACAGGUGCUGAGAUUGCUGCCGCUGGAUUGACUGGUGCUGCAGCGAGCAAGCUCUGGGAACGCCAUAAAGAGAAGAAAGAGCGAGAACACGAUAGGGAAUUGAAAGAUGAGGAAUAUUCUGACAGAGAUCGAAGCUUAUCAAGAAGUCGAUCCCGCUCCAGGUCUCGCAGUCGUCAUUCGCAUUCUCGAGACUCUACGGCUGAUAGAGAAUUAGGCCUGGUUCCCGUCAUUCCAGGAGUGGAGUACGGGAGUGAACCUCUUAAGGAAUACGAUUCUGCCGGCGACGAGCCAAGGCGCCGCCACCGCCGCCGACGAUCGGCUUCCGGAUCCGACCGAGACGUCCAGAAGAAGAGGAGCCGCAGCAGAGCUCGUGAACUUGCGGCUGCGGGGCUUGGUACUGCAGCGGCAGCGAUAGGUAUCAAGAAGUAUAGGGACCGCCAGAAGAGUAAAGAACGAGACGAAAGAUCUAGAGAAAGAAGUCAAAAUAGAUCCCUAGAAAGGGAAGACCGAGACCGAGACCGAGAAAAGCGUAGGGCCAGGCGAUCUCGUGACCGUCAACGGAGACGUUAUGAAGAGGAAGCAGCGGAUGAUCCAUACUACGGUGAUUAUGAUGCACCACCAUCGCCGCCCCACGCGUCUGGCGGUGCAUACUAUCCACCUCCGCCUACUCAACCUACUGAACCGCCACCUGCUGGGCCAGGCGGAUUUACGCAGCAUUCCAACCUCUCUACGCCAAACGUCAAUGCAUACACCCCUUACCCACCAUAUAACCCUCAGGACUAUGCGGGCUCACCUCCGAUGAACUUUCCCCCGCCACCCGGACCACCAACCGGACCCCCGCCUUCAGGACCGGCAGACCGGCCUGGGCCAGAACAUGUGAGUCGUCCACGCUCUGGUGACAUUGAAUCCCCUCCCGAUGCCUCUCGGAGCGCGGCUACUGAGCAGGAUGGUGUAAGAUCUCGUAGUCGGUCACGGUCGCGCUCAAGAUCCUCGACAAGAGGCAUAUCCUCAGGUCCUUCUCCCAAUUCCAGAGUUAAAUUCGGUCCCCUCUCUCCUAAGUCCUCCCAGACCCUCCGAAGACAUCGCCGACAAAAUGAUGAACGGUCACUAGCGGUCGCUACUAAAAAUGACAACGAGGACGAGGAGGUAGCCCGUAUGAACCGCCCUCGGAACUCGCGUAGACGCUCGGACUCAGAUACUUCAUUUAACCGCCCUCGUGUCCAACGGAGGAGGAGGCGGCGCGACGAAUCUCCUAACUCCGAUGAAGACGACAUUGAAUAUCUGCCCGAUCGUUUCGACGCUUCUGGGCGACCCAUCAAUGACGACGAGUACAGCAGCGCACUUAAUAGCAUUCCAAGACAGGGUAACUUCGAAUACAACCCGCGCGACGAGAACGACUGGCACGUACGUGGGGCCUGGAGGACUAUCGGCGAGCCGGACCCCGCUCUUGUCAGUGAGCUCGCGCAGACCUUUGGUGGGCUAUUAAGACCUGCUGGUGGACUAAUGGGGGUUUUGGGACGCGCAUUGACGGAUGUGGGAUCACGAUAA